UUCCUAAUGAAAAUGUUUGAGAGUAUUGAAUGUACAACCACUAGAUCUGGCGGAGAUCUGUGGGCUGAAAUCUGUUCCUGCCUGCCAAAUCCGGACCAAGAGGAUGGUGCCAACAAUGCUUUCUCAGACAACUUUGUGGCUCCUUACCCUGCAGACAAAGGCCAGAGGGAGGCAUCAGAUUUUGCUGUUCAGCCACCUCUACAGCCCUGGGCUCCUUUACAGGAUUCAGAAGUGUAUUUAGCAUCUCUAGAAAAGAAACUGAGAAGAAUCAAAGGUUUAAAUCAGGAAGUAACCUCCAAGGACAUGCUUCGAACCCUUGCCCAGGCCAAGAAGGAAUGCUGGGAUCGGUUCCUCCAGGAGAAAUUGGCAUCCGAGUUCUUUGUGGAUGGGCUUGAUUCUGAUGAGAGCACCUUGGAACAUUUCAAGCGGUGGCUCCAGCCAGAUAAAGUAGCCAUCAGCACAGAGGAAGUCCAGUACCUGAUUCCUCCCGAGUCACAGGUUGUGAAACCAGAGUCUGAGAAUGAGCCAGCGGCAGCAGAACAGUAAAUUACAUGCACACUC